GAAGUGAGAAAACAGUCAAAACAAAACACCAAGCGCCAAGUUGACGCAUCAUUUUACGGCGAUGAAGCUGACCGAGGAAGCGGCAUGUGAACACUCAGACCUAACGAUGGAUGAUGUCCGAAACCUGAUUAAAAAGAAAGAUGAGAUAGAAGAACAGAUCAAAGCAUAUUAUGACGUACUGGAGGACCAGGGUGUGGGCACGGAGGGACCACUCGUGGACGCGGAGGGCUAUCCCCGGGCUGACGUCAACCUGUACCAGAUCAGGACGGCCCGACACCAGAUCGCAUGUCUGCAGAAUGACCACAAGGCCCUGAUGGCAGAGAUCGAAGAGGCCCUUCAUAAGUUGCACGCUCAGGAGAAGGAGAAGAGAGGCUCGGGGACUGCACACGACAACCCCAUGGAGGAGGAAGCCAGCCUCCCCGCCACCUUCGCCAGAGUGGAUGCAGUUACUGCAGGCUCCCCUGCGCACACAGCAGGACUCCGAGUUGGUGAUGAAGUCAUUGAGUUUGGUUCAGUCAACUCCAAUAAUUUCCAAAAUCUUCAGAACAUUGCUUCCGUUGUUCAGCACAGCGAAGGGAAAGCGUUACGCGUGGUGGUGGUCCGCAGUGGAGAAAGGUGCCCAAUGACUUUGAUUCCUCAGAGGUGGUCUGGCAGAGGGUUGCUGGGAUGCAAUAUUGUUCCAGUGCCUCAGUAACUGCUGUGAUCUCAGCUGGAGUUAAAUAAAGUUUGUUUGUGCACUGCAGAAUAAAU